CACUGAAGUAACUUUCGUUUACGUUAUGAAGGCAAAAACAGGGGAGGAACAGGCCUGUGAGAGAUAUCAUGACAAAUAUAUUUGAAUGGAGCACAACAUCAGUAGUGCAGCUCUUAUGAUGAUGUCUGGGUGGAGCCCAGAAUUUCAAAUCUCCAUAGCACAUUCGCACUUAGCUGGCCUGGCUAUGGCAGUCAUCAGGUUGGUCUCUGAUUCUAACACUACCCCUUGCAACAAACUGUUUUUAGAAUUUUUACCGUUCUAAUAGUCUGACAAUUCAAAAACCCGGAGCUCCACGUGAACCCAAAUCAAAGGAAAACCCCUCCUCUGAUUUCGAAUUGGAUGCUGAAAAAGUCUAGCGCAAGCACUGACAGAUGUUUGAAUCUUCUGCCUCGCUCAACUUUCUUCUGUUUUUAUGAUAGAAACUGCCCUGGCCUCUAAUGAACCAAAGUCAAACUCAAAUACGUGCAUGGACCCAAACAACAUGUACAUUGACCCCACCAGCCCCACCUUCAUGCCUUUAAUCCCGCCGAGACUAAGCUCUUUCAACAUCCCUAGCUGCCACCCCAACUAUAUAUAAAGACCUAGACAGACUCACUCUAGAUAAUGAAACUCUGUUCUAUCACUCUGCUUUUACUCUUUAUAUAUACUUUGGUAGUUAUUUUCCGUUAGAAAGAACAAUGGCUGUGGAUGAUUCCUUCAAGAAGCCUGGAGCUGUUCCUUUUAAGUGGGAGAUCCGACCUGGUGUUCCCAAGGUCCAGCAACAGCAAAAACAACAAGAGCAAUCACCACAGAAACAGAAACAGAAACAUCAAAAGCAAAAGCAAUCGCCGCCGCCAUUGCCACCUCCAGCAUCACCUUUUAUAAACCAACGUUCAUUGCCAACUCCACCAGGAACUCCUCGACAAAAGCUAAAACCCCCGCCAGCUGGAUCCUACUUCGUCCUAACACCGGAGCCCCGAAGUCACUCUUUCAGGUCUGCACCACGUGCCCGGUCUGAGCGUUGGCGGUUAGAGCAACCCGCCCGGGUCCGACCCGAAUGUGUUUCACCCGGGUGCUUCCCAUCACCAUUGCUUAUGCAUAAAGGAAGCAAGAGGAAAACCCAAAAGCCCGAACCCAACUAUAUUUCGGACCUUGAGACGCCGUCGCGGUGGUCACUAUCAAGCCGGAGGUCACGUUCGCCGUUCUAUGGGUCUCCAGCGUCAUCCUUUUCAUCUUUUAGGUCAUCGCCCCGACCCGUGGCUGAUGCCGAAUGGGCCGGGUUUGGACUUUUUUGAAAAAAAAAAGUUUGUAUAGCUUUUUUUUUAAGGAUAAUCAAUUAAUGAUGCCUUUGAUAUAAAGGUUUUGCUUUCUUGUUAAAUAUGGUUAUUUGAUAGCCCAAGUU